AUGGCUUCUAACCAGUACGACGCUCAGGCUUCGACCAACUACAAGGAGGCCUUUUCCCUCUUCGACAAGCGCGGCAACGGCCGUGUUGCUAUCGACAGCUUGGGCGACCUGCUCCGCGCCUGCGGCCAGAACCCCACCCUCACUGAGAUUCGCGACCUCGAGAAGAACGUUGGAGGCGACUGUGAGUUCCCCUGCCUUGUUGAUGGUCGCUUUGUCGCGCGUGCCCAGCACAGCAGCUACGUACAAACGAAGUCGCAACCACUGACCGGCCGUCCAGUCGACUUUGAGACGUUCCAGCGCAUCCUCAACCGUCCCGGCGGCUUCCGCGACCCCGGCGAGCCCGAGGAGUACUGCCGCGGCUUCCAGGUUUUUGAUAAGGACAUGACGGGCUUCAUCGGCGUCGGCCAGCUCAAGUACAUCCUGACCAACCUCGGCGAGAAGAUGACGGACGAGGAGGUCGACGAGCUUCUCAAGGCCGUCGACACAAGUUCUGGCCAGGUCAACUACACCGAGCUUGUUCGCACCAUUCUCGCCAACUAG